UUGAGCGAGGAGCAGAGGGAGGAGAUCAAUGAAGCUUUCUCCCUCUUCGACCUCGACAAAGACUCACACAUCGACUACCACGAACUAAAAGUCGCCCUCAAAGCGCUAGGCUUCGACCUCCCGAAGCAAGACCUCGUCUCCAUCCUCCAGACCCACGGGAUCCCCGCUUCCUCCUUAUCCAACAACCCCUCCGCGCAAGCAUCUCAACAAAACCCGACAUUCUCAGGUCCCUCGCGACUCCUCCUCCCGCAUUCGACGUUCGUCACGAUCGCCGCGCAGAGGAUUCUGGCGCGGGAUCCGAGGGAGGAGAUUUUGAGGGCGUUUGAUCUGUUCGAUCAGGAGGGGAAGGGCAGGAUUGAUUUGCAGGAUUUGAGGAGGGUGGCGAGGGAGUUGGGGGAGGGGUUGCAGGAGGAGGAGUUGCAGGCGAUGAUUGACGAGUUUGAUGUGAGGGGAGAAGGGGGGAUCAGUCGGGAGGAGUUUAUUGGGAUUUGUCUG